CUCUCUGGAGGGACGCAUGCAGCUCGAGUCCCGGCGGUGCCUCCUGGAUCUGAACCAUCCCGGUGGAGGCGGUCGGUGUGUCCCUCCCACCCUGACACCCACCCACCCCCUCUCCGAGGCUUCCUGUCGCGGGUGGAGCAGACGUCUGUCCCCGCCGCCGUGAGAGCAGCGUGCCAGAUGGAUGUGCGCUCUGCUGCUGCGCCGCUGCGCCGCUCCAAGUGAGGACAGACCCCGUCCCCUGCCUCCCAAACUUGGACUGCUGCCUCCGGUCGUGGCGUGCAGGACCCGGGCUCCUCUCCAGCUCUGCACACACUGAUGUGGCGGACAGCAGAGGGACGGUAACAGCCCCGGAACAUCACCGAACUACCACCGGCAUCAACUUUUCCUCUGCGGAUGAGGAAUAAGUGGAUUACGCACGCCUCCGUAGUCUGUGUCGUUUCACCUGGACUCAUCUGAGCGAGAUCCUCGAAGGUUGGAGCGCGAUGCUCGGCUCUCUGACCUCCUGUCGCUGCUGACGCACACAGAGAGAGAGAGGAAUGGGAUUGUAAAGUAUGUGGAGUCAGUCCUGAGGAUUCCUCGAGUCGCUGCGUGCUCUCCGCGGGUUGCAUGGAGAAGAGCAGCCCGAGGAUGACUGGCGGAACUCGGGACACGCCGGUGAACUCCUCUCCGGCUGUUGCGGCCAACGCGGAGGGCGAGGAGAUCGAGGUUUUGGAAAGCACCGACGUCCUCCCGGUGGCUCCAGAGGACCAAUGGAAGUCUCUGUUUGACAAGUAUGACCCGGAGAAUUCGGGCUUCAUCAGCACGGAGCGCUUCAGGGACCUUCUGGCGACACACGGCUCUGAGCUUGACCCCCACAAACUGGAAGUCCUAUUGGCCCUCGCCGAUGGCAACGCCGAUGGGAAGAUCUGUUACCAAGACUUUGUCAACCUGAUGAGUAACAAGCGCUCCAACAGUUUCCGGAGGGCGAUUCUUCAGGGGAGCAGGCAGCUCAAAGGCUGCAGUCUCAGAGACGAGGUGGGCUUGGGACUGUCCCAGCGGCUGGUCCGGCACGUCGCCUACGAGACGCUGCCCCGCGAGGUUGACCGCAAGUGGUACUUUGACAGCUACACCUACUGUCCCCCACCAUGGCUCAUCCUGGCUAUCACCAUCGCAGAGGUAGCCGUCUUCAUGUACUACGGCUUCCAGCUGGACCGCCUGGUCCUGCAAGUGUCCAGCCCGUCCUUCCUGAAGAGCCCACUCCCUUACCACCCCCAGCUCCGGGCCCAGGCCUGGAGGUACCUCAGCUACAUUUUCAUGCACACUGGGAUUGAACACCUGAGCUUGAACAUGGCCAUGCAGCUGCUGGUUGGAGUCCCUCUAGAAAUGGUCCACGGAGCCCUGCGGAUCGGACUGGUCUACGUGUGCGGUGUGCUGGCAGGGUCUCUGGCGGUGUCUGUCACCGAUAUGACGGCUCCCGUGGUCGGGUCAUCUGGUGGAGUGUACGCUCUGGUCUCAGCACAUUUGGCCAAUGUAGUAAUGAAUUGGUCGGGAAUGAAGUGUCAGUUUAAGUUAUUCCGGAUGGCGAUGGCUCUGGUUUGCAUGAGUGUGGAGUUUGGGCGGGCGGUGUGGCUGCGCUUCUACCCUCCAGCCUUCCCUCCGUGCCCCAAUCCCAGCUUCGUAGCUCACCUGGGAGGGGUGGUGGUCGGUCUGACACUCGGCGUGGUGGUCCUGCAGAACUACGAGCAGCGGCUCCAGGAGCAGUCACUGUUUUGGAUCUUCUUCUGCGUCUACACCUUGUUUGUGCUCUGCGCUGUCUUCUGGAACAUCUUUGCCUACAGCUUGCUUGACGUGCGACUGCCCCCGCCACCGUGACUUGUUUAUUAGAGGCAGUAAAGACACUGUACCCCAUCCUUUCUCCCCUCCGUCCAUUAAUGCUUGACCAACUAACUGGACGAUCGUCCACCGUCCUCCUACAUCCAGCACUCUGAUGCAAAGAAGCACCUGACAUCAGCCCACAUGCUACCUUUUCAGGUUAAGCCUUACCAUCGUCCCCGCUCACCUGCAGCCUAACCUGCAUCUGCUCUUUGGCUACAUUUCUGCUGGACGUUUGUCUCAAGAGUUUCAGCCAGUGGGACAUUUCUAACGAGAAGCCUCGGGUCUAACAAGCUGUAGCAGUCCCAUCCACACGGCGUAACCUUCUCUGCCUCUUCUUCCUCAAUCCAAUGGUGCCUUCUCAUGCAGAUGUCAGCCCGAUGAAAGUAUUCCUGUACACUUGCCUCUUGUGUUGUGGUGACGGCAGUAAAACCCUGCAGUACAAAGCGUUUUCAGACAGAGAAGUUCCUGAAAAUUCCUGUAAUCUGCCUGCGUCCUCGUCAUCAGUAAAUGUCAUCGUUACAAGCAGCUCAUACGCAUGAGAGGUUUAGAUUAAGCAGAACGGGCUACAGCCACCUUCAAGAGUUAUUUACCUCUGAAGGAACAUGUGGGUUACUAUUCAGUGUUGCCUUCAGCGUUUGGCACUUCCCCAGAGAAGGUAUAAUUUGUGUUCACCUCUAUUUGAACCUCAAACUUGUAUCUUUGACUCUUUUUGUGUGCGACAGUUGUACCAUUGUGUGUACAGCGUAGAAAAGAAGCAGAAGAAGUGCCAUUCAGCCUUUAAGCUUUCAGAAAAAAUGAUGCCAAAACAACAUUACUACAAGCACCAGGGGAAGAGCUCGUCCCCGGACAAGAAUCGCUUUUGUGUGAAGAAAAAUGAAUCUAAUUUUGUCUGUAAGGAGUCAAUCGAAUGUAACAGAACAUUUUCAUGAUCUUUAAAGAAUCUCUCACUUGACGCCGUUUGGGUCGAGCCUGAAAUGCAGUCAAUGCAGUCGCCUCGAGGCGUUUGCAACAAAAUAAAAUCACAGAGAAGGGGCAGAAGUUUAUUUUAUCGAUUUGUGCAUUAAAAAGUUCUAUUAGAGGAAUGAAAACAUCCACAGCGGAGCACAUUCUGAAUAAAUCUCAU